AUGACAAAAAAAGGUAGAAAACCAAUCACACAUGAAAAAAGGGCGUUAAUUGAUAGACUUUCCGGAUACAAGAGUUGUUUCAAAGUAUUGUCAAAUCAGUUAAAUCACUAUUUACCGCGAUUGUACAGAAAGAAGUAUCCUCUGGCAUUUAUCGAAGUUUGUGAAUGCAAUUUGGCACGGUUUCCUCAAGUAGAAGAAUUCGUGAAAUCUAAUAUGGUGAAGAAAUGGCAAGCUUGUGUUAAAGUUCGGCAUGUUCGAGGCACAUUGCCAACUAUUAAGUUAUUGGACGCGCAAGCAGCAGAAGUGAAAAAAAUAAUGAAUAUAGAAAAAUGGGAUACUGAUGCUAUCACAGAAUUUUUAAACACAUGGCUGGAAUGUUAA